GGCACCGUUAUGCAAAUGGCGGAGCGGGCUGGGCUGUGGUGUGCUGGGAGGAUGCCAUUCUGCAGCCCGAACCCAGAGCAGCGCUGACCGGGCGGCCGGGAGAACGGCUCCGGAAGUCCGACUGGUGUCCAGCCUCUUGGGACCUGGGACAAGACUGAAUUCCAAGUGUCUGAGCUAUUACACCUCAGUGUCAGCCAUGUCCAUUAUGGACCAUGACCCCACCACAGGGGUUGUUACAGUAAUCGUCAUCCUUAUUGCCAUUGCAGCCCUCGGUGCCUUAAUCCUGGGUUGUUGGUGUUAUCUACGCCUGCAGAAGUUCAGCCAGUCAGAGGAUGAGGAGAGUAUUGUUGGGGAAGGAGAAACCAAAGAGCCUUUUCUCUUGGUUCAGUAUUCCGCCAAAGGACCUCGGGUGGAGAAGAAAACCAAGCUAACCCCCAAUGGCACUGAGUCUCAUAGCUGAGUUCUCUGUUUGACAACCCAAGAAAGCAGAACUACUACUGUGAAACUAGACCCCUGUCCUGGCCGGAAGGUGUAUUCCCUCCCCAGCAGCCAGUCUACAGCUGACCAUACUGCAUGCAUGCAGUACUCUUUCUUUCAGCCCUUCGUUUUCAUAUCAUGUGUUACUUGAAUGUGCUUCAUCCUGCUUCAGUAGACGUCUUCCCUGGAAUGUGAACUCCCCGUCCUGUGAUCGGUGUAAAUAGCAUUUUUAUCCUUAAUUUAUCUUGAUUUCCUAAAGCAAACUGUUUUAAGGAUUGGAUCUUCAGCAAGAUCUCUUUCCAGUAGCAGUGACUAACACCCAAAUGGAGAGUUUUCUUUAUAUACCUACUACAUUUUCAUUUCCUUUAGACAGGGAAAGAAGAGCAACAUGAUGCAUGAGUUUAUUGAAUUAGCUUUAAGCUUUGUAACUGUGGUGACACUGCCAGCUCUGGUGGCUUGACCUGCGAAGCCUGUGAUUGGUCACUUGCCUUAUAUUUUAAAGUGUACCAGGAGGCUCUCCGCAAGGAGGUGGCAGAGGAGCAGUUAUGCAGAUUUAUUUUGUAAUACUAAAACGAAAAUUUUAGAUUUUUCACUACAACAUGUACAUUUUGUAUGUUUGUUUUUUCAUUCUUGUUAUUGUGUAUGUAUGAGUAAUGUGCUAAUAUAGAAUGUUUUUAUUACUGUUUAAUAUUGGUAGGGCGAAGCUGGGCAAUGCUCUGCAUUAGUCCCUUUGCCUCCACCACAACAUCAUCAUUUUAAAGAAAGCACUUGCCUAUUGUUGGAUUGAUUUUGGCUUUUUUUUUUAUGCCAGAUGACCACAUUGAUAGGCUAUUAAUGUGUAUUAACUACUCUUAUUUUAUAUGUGACUAUUGCCUAACCACUGUACAUGUGGCAUUUUGUUGUCUGAGAUGAAAAUAGGCAUUUUAUCAAGCAAUUGAGCCAUGUCCAUGUAAUGUCACUGGGAACUAGAGUACUGCCGGAGUGCAUGGGUGAUCUACAUAACUGCCAUUGUUUUGUAUGUAGGCACUUUCACUAUGAAUGAUAUAUUUACUUUUGUGUUUGCAGCACUUGAAAAGUUGGUAGUACGAGCAGGAUACAUUUACCCUAAAUAAGUUCAGUUUCUAGCAGCAUGGCCUGGACUUUCCUGGCUCUGCAGUAUUCUAAAUUUGGUUGUGCAUAGGAGAUCUGCUGCUUAUUUAGCCCAUUGCUGAGCCGGUCUAUCAUCUCCAAACAGCUCUCGUGGUGGCCAAGAAAAGCUUGCUAUUAUUUAUCAACAAUCAAAAAAAAAA